GCCUUGAUCGUGUUGAAUUUACAAGUAAAAGGUAGCUAGCUAGCUAUGCUUGCUAUUGAUCUCCGUUUGACAACCGCUACCGGUCGAACAUACAUCGGCUUGCAGUGAAAAGGAACCUCGAUCGUGUUCUGACUGCGCGUGUCACGAAACAAGUCAAGACUGUGAUUCUAGUGUCUAUCAAAGUGGACACCAUUUUAUCAAGGAUAGCUAGCUAGCUAGUCUAUUCCAAAUCCGCUAAAAACACUGGCCUUCGCGUUGUGAAUGGGUUUGCGAUAGCAAACUACUGCUACAGAGAGGGGAGCGCGUCAUCCAGUAAAAUGGAAACGGCAGAUGAAGCAGAUAUAUGUCGUGUGUGUCGUUCGGAGGGGACCCCAGACAAGCCCCUGUACCACCCCUGUGUAUGCACCGGCAGUAUCAAAUUCAUUCAUCAGGAAUGUUUGGUCCAGUGGCUGAAGCACAGCAGAAAGGAGUACUGUGAAUUAUGCAAGCACAGAUUUGCUUUCACACCAAUUUACUCCCCAGACAUGCCCCCCCGCCUGCCCAUCCAGGACAUCUGUGCUGGCCUGCUGACCAGUGUGGGCACGGCCAUACGAUACUGGUUUCACUACACACUGGUGGCCUUCGCAUGGCUGGGGGUGGUCCCCCUCACUGCAUUGUGUUAUGGUUUUACAGGAUCAGGAGACUUAGAAGUGGACCAGCGUUGUAUUACAGUCUGUCAUUUCCCAGUUCGGUAAAUCCCACUGGUGUGUUUCAUUAUUUGUACUAGGCUUGUCACGAUGCUAACAUUUUACAAACGAUACGAUACCAGGCCAAGUAUCACGAUUCCGUGGAGAAUAACGAUACCACGGUGGUAAAAAAAUCAGUGGCCUAGCAUUCUGUUUGCUCCGUCCAUAGGACGCUUGUUCAAGUUUUCUAAAUGUUCUCCAAAAACCUGUAAUUGAAAUGCACACCUCUACUCAAUAAAACACAUUGAAUUU